AUGGCGAUUCCUGAUGAUGUUGCCUUCACUAUUCUGUCAAAACUGCCUCUGAAAUCUCUCAAGCGAUUCACGCUGGUUCACAAAUCAUGGGCUGAUUUACUCGAAAUCCCUUAUUUCAUGAGCAUGUUCCGCAGCAAUUUCUUAUCCAAACAUCAAUCUUAUUACGAUGAUACAUCUCUUCUUCUCUUACAGCAGCAGCCAUCUGUCACGGUUCAUUGUAUUUGCUUUCUGGUGACAAUUUUGAGAAAACAGUCAAAUCAGAUUGGCUUCCAUAUCAAGAACAUAGCAGAUUCCUUAGGGUUUCGGGUUCAGUUCUUUGUCUGGGAGAUAUAUAGCCUAAGAAGCAACUCUUGGAGGAAACUUGAUCCUGAUAUUCUUAUUACUGGAGAUGGUCCCUGCUCGGGUCAUGAGAUUUACAUGAACGGAGUGUGUCAUUGGUUUGGUUAUAGUCAGUCAGAUAGCUGUGCUUUGGAGGAUACACAUUUGGUGUCAUUCAACUUUAGCAAUGAGAUAUUCUAUACAACGCCCUUACCAUUAGAUGAUAGAAGGGUGCAGAAUGACUUGGCGGUGUUAAAUGAGUCUAUUGCGGUGAUAUCUAAUCAUGAUGAAACAGCAACUUUACACAUAUCGAUAUUGGGUGAAAUCGGUAUGAAGGAAUCAUGGACUAAACUUUUCACUGUUGGACUUGGACCUUUGCAUGGCUUUGAGUUUAUUAUUGGAGUAGGGAAGAUGGGCGAUAUAUUCUUCAGAAAUGAAAAUGGUGAACUAGUAGCCUUGUUUGAUUUAAGUACCCAGAUGCUCAAGGAGAUUGCUGCUACAGAGCUGGUAACAUAUUUUGAUCAGAUGAUAAUCUAUAAGGAAAGCAUUCUUCCGAUUGGAAGAGCAGGUCAUUGAUUGUUUUUCUAGUCUAAGCUUAAAGCUUUACUCAUUAGAUUAAUGAUGAUGGAUAUUAAGAUUUAUUACCAUAUUUAAGGGUUAGAAGUCACUUGUGUACAAGUUGGCUCUUCAAUUGCCCAUAUCUUAUACUUUCAAAUGUAUGAGAAAGAAACCAUUUGGUAAUAUGAUUCUUGAUUUAUCAAUUUUAUUAUGAUGGAUUAGUCUCUUUCCAUUUGCGUACUGUUUCUAUUGAGU